CAGAGGAGGCGAGGGAGGCGGGCCAGAGAGGCAGUUGGAAGAUGGCGGACGAGGCGGCGCUCGCCCUUCAGCCCGGCGGCUCCCAGUCGCCUGGGGCGGCCGAGAGGGAGGCCGCUCCGUCGCCUGCCGGGGAGCCGCUCCGCAAGAGGCCGCGGAGAGACGGUCCCGGCCUCGGGUGGAGCCCAGGCGAGCCGGGCGGGUCGGCCUCCGAGCGUGAGGUGCCGGCGGCGGCGGCGGCCGGGACCUGCCCGGCUGUGGCGGCGCUGUGGCGGGAGGCGCCGGCGGCGACGGGCGACGAGCGAGAGGCCCAGGCUGCGGCAGUGGCCGGAGGAGGAGACAAUGGGCCUGGCCUGCAGGGCCUAUCCCGGGAGCCGCCGCCGGCCGAGCACUUCUGCGAAGACGACGACGACGACGAGGAGGGCGAGGAGGAGGAAGAGGCGGCGGCGGCGGCGAUUGGGUACCGAGAAAAUCUUCUGUUCAGUGAUGAAAUUAUCACUAACGGCUUCCAUUCCUGUGAGAGUGAUGAAGAUGAUAGGGCGUCACACGCCAGCUCUAGUGACUGGACCCCGAGGCCACGGAUAGGUCCAUAUACUUUUGUUCAGCAACAUCUCAUGAUUGGCACGGAUCCUCGAACAAUUCUUAAAGAUUUACUACCAGAAACAAUUCCUCCACCUGAAUUGGAUGAUAUGACACUGUGGCAGAUUGUUGUUAAUAUCCUUUCAGAACCACCAAAAAGAAAAAAAAGAAAAGAUAUUAAUACAAUUGAAGAUGCUGUGAAAUUACUGCAAGAGUGCAAAAAAGUGAUAGUUCUAACUGGAGCUGGGGUUUCUGUAUCAUGUGGAAUACCUGACUUCAGGUCAAGAGAUGGUAUUUAUGCUCGCCUUGCAGUAGACUUCCCAGAUCUUCCAGAUCCUCAAGCAAUGUUUGAUAUUGAAUAUUUCAGAAAAGAUCCACGGCCUUUCUUCAAGUUUGCAAAGGAAAUAUAUCCUGGACAGUUCCAGCCAUCUCUCUGUCACAAAUUCAUUGCCUUGUCAGAUAAGGAAGGAAAACUUCUUCGGAACUAUACCCAGAAUAUAGACACUCUGGAACAGGUUGCAGGAAUCCAGAGGAUAAUUCAGUGUCAUGGUUCCUUUGCAACAGCAUCUUGCCUGAUUUGUAAAUAUAAAGUUGACUGUGAAGCUGUACGAGGAGAUAUUUUUAAUCAGGUAGUUCCUCGAUGUCCUAGGUGCCCAGCUGAUGAACCACUUGCUAUCAUGAAACCAGAGAUUGUCUUUUUUGGUGAAAACUUACCAGAACAGUUUCAUAGAGCCAUGAAGUACGACAAAGAUGAAGUUGAUCUUCUCAUUGUUAUUGGGUCUUCUCUGAAAGUAAGGCCAGUAGCACUAAUUCCAAGUUCUAUACCCCAUGAAGUGCCUCAAAUAUUAAUUAAUAGGGAGCCUUUGCCUCAUCUACAUUUUGAUGUAGAACUUCUUGGAGACUGUGAUGUCAUAAUUAAUGAACUGUGUCAUAGGUUAGGUGGCGAAUAUGCCAAACUUUGCUGUAACCCUAUAAAGCUUUCUGAAAUCACUGAAAAACCUCCACGACCGCAAAAGGAUUUGGUUAAUUUGUCAGAGUUGCCACCAACACCUCUUCAUAUUUCAGAAGAUUCAAGUUCACCAGGAAGAACUUCACCAAAUUCUUCAGUGAUUGAUAAACUUACAGACCAAGCAGUUAAGAGUAAUGCUGAUGACUUAGAUGUGUCUCAGUCAAAAGUUUGUAUGGAAGAAAAAUUCCAGGAAGUACAAAAUUCUAUUAGGAACACUGAAAUUUUAACUGAGCAGUUGGAAAAUCCAGAUGUGAAAAGUGUUGGUUCCAAUACUGGGGAGAAAAAUGAGCGAACCUCAUUUACUGACACAGUGAGAAAGUGUUGGCCCAACAGACUUGUAAAGGAACAGAUCAGUAAGCGGCUUGACGGUAAUCAAUACCUGUUUUUACCACCAAAUCGUUACAUUUUCCAUGGCGCUGAGGUAUAUUCAGACUCUGAAGAUGAUGCCUUAUCAUCUAGUUCUUGUGGCAGUAACAGUGAGAGUGGGACAUGCCAGAGUCCAAGUUUAGAAGAACCACUGGAGGAUGAAAGUGAGGUAGAAGAAUUCUAUAACGGCUUGGAAGAUGACGCUGACGUUCCCGAGAGACCUGGAGGAACUGAAUUUGGGGCUGUUGGAGGUGAUCAAGAGGCAGUUAAUGAAGUUUCACCUGCGAAACAGGAAUUGACAGACAUGAACUAUCCAUCAAACAAAUCAUAAGUUUUAACUGUCCUGGUACAAGAGUUGUUCCACCAGCAUUAGGAAUUUUAGCAUGUCAAAAUGGAUGUUUACUUGUGAACUCAAUAGAGCAAGGAAUCCAGAAAGGUGUAUUAUUUAUAGAUUGGUAAAAUAUGGUUUUUUUUCAUGGAUAGUUUUCUAACUUCAUUAUUUCUAAACUUGUACACUCAACACUAACUUUCAUUUUUCAAGAAAGGUACUAAGUAUCUUUAAUCAGAGUUGGUCAAGACUUCUCACUUUCUUUUAAGGAUUCAUUUGUAUGAUACAUCUGUAAAUAUAAUUUUUUGCCUAGUGAGUGUCAACAUUUUAAAGUUUUCGAGAAGCCAUUGGAAUGUUAAAUUAAUAUAAAGGGAACAGCUUAUCUAGACCAAAGAAUGGUAUUUUUUCACACUUUUCUUUGUAGCAUUGAAUGAUUUGAAGUUCUCAAAAUCUGUUCUGCUAAACUUUUAAUUUUUUUAGGACAGUUAUUUUUAAACACUGGCAUUUUCCAAAACUAUGGCAGCUAACUUUUUAAAAACCUGAAUGGUAUGCAAUGUGAGAAUGAAGUUAACAGCACCUGGGAAAGCACUCAGUUUGUCUUUUUAAAGACUUGGUGCUAAGCUGAGCAUUUCAGGAAUAGUAUAUUUAUUCAAAUGAAGAUGGCUUUUGUACUAUGAAGAACACGUACUCAAGUCUAUUGGUUCAUAAAAUUAACCUGAAAAACAAAUGCUUUGGAAAUGUAUCAGUUGCUUUAGAAACAAUAGUUUUAAAAUAUUUGCCAUUGUUGUUUAAAUACCUAUCACUGUGUAAAGCUUGUAUCAGUCCUUCUCCAUAAGUAUUAAACUGUCAAGAUACAAAUAUGCAAACCUUUUCUGAAUCUAUAAUGAUGGUACUUUUAAAGGGGAGAUUGUAAUAUUUUGGACUGAUGUUUUUCCAUUAAUGAGAGCAACAGGUCUCGGAUUACAGUUCAAAGUAAUAAGAUGUUAAUCAUAAAUCAGUACAUAAUAAACUUAACUGCUAGCUUAGUAUUCUGGAAGGUGAACAUUAGUAUUACAAGUAAUAGCAGAACAGUUAAUGAAUGAAACUAGUUCAUGUAAUAUAUCUUUAUUUAAAAGCUUGGCCUGCCUUAAAACUUGGAGAUCAAUUUUCUCUGCUACAGAAGCUUCUAGCCUUUCAAAAAAGCCCUUAUUUUAUUAUAAAAUUACAUAGUACACAUUUAUUUUCGACUUCUUUUUAAACAUUAUUCCCAAACUGUAAAAUAUUUGUGUUGGUUUAGUAUUUAUUACAAGAAAAGGGAUUUGACAUACAGCUGUUCUUUAUGCAUAAAAUACCCAACAAGGACCACUAUUGUCAAAGUUGUACUGGACAUUGCCCUGCCCCAAAAUUUCUCAAUUUAUUUGGCUAAAGAAUGCAGUAUAUUUAGUUUCCCAUU